UGGUGCCUGCGGAGGGAACGGAAGCGGGGAGCUGGCGGAGCGCCGCCGAGGAAAGAGGGGCGCCCCGCCGCCGCCGCCGCCCAGAGCCCCAGUCCGAGCGCGACCGCGCGCCCCACUCACCAGCCGCGCGCCUCGGAGACGCCCUCCGCACAGGGGCCGGCACGACGCCGGAAGCCGGAAGCGCGACGCCGGAAGCGCGCCGUCCGCUUCCUCGCGCGAAUCCUCCGCUCUCGCGAGAGGAACCUUGCGCGACUCGCGGAGCCAACGGCGCUUCGGGAGCGGGGAUUCAAACGGGUGCGGGCGCUAAGGCCGAGUGAUGGGGACGUCCGUGGACCUGAUCCGAGGCUUCUGCGGAAAGCUGCGGUGUCUGGCCGUCACCCUGGACGGCGAGACGGCCCGGCUGCAGCGAGCGCUGGACGGAGAGGACAGCGACUUUGAAGAUUACCCACUGAGAGUUUUACAUGCUCUUCAUUCCGAAGUCCGGACCCUAAAGGACGAUGUCAGCACUCUUCUUGAAAAAGCAAGUUUGGGAAGUCAAGACAGCAUUGGUUUCAUAAAGGCAACAAAAGUACUGAUGAAAAAAACUUCAGUGGAUAUCAUGAAAAUAAGAGAGGUUUUCCGGAAGUAUGGAUAUACUCCACGGGCCAGGAGCAAUUCAGCGGAUGAGCCAGGAGCCACGGACUCCAAACCAGAGGCCACGGGACAAGACGAUCCUGAGAGGCCUGAUGCUGCGGUUCCAGGCCCUUCUGUUUCUGAGCCGUCUCCACGUAGCCCACAGCUUUCUGACUUUGGCCUUGAGCGGUACAUGAUCUCUCCAGUUCUGCCAAACCCUCCACGGUCCACAAACAACGCUCAGGAAGAGCCCGAAAUUUUAAGUCCAUUUUCGAAACAGGCGCUAGCACAAAGCCCACGAUGUGCGCUUAAGAUGGAUGAUUUCGAGUGUGUCACUCCUAAGUUAGAGCACUUUGGCGUCUCUGAAUACACCAUGUGUCUAAAUGAAGACCACACAGUGGCGCGUAAACACGUGAAGAGUACCAGUGAGGAGGCCAAAGAAACAAAGCCAGUGACCCACGAUCACUUCUUUGCCGCUCCUGGCCUCACAACCCAGCCACCGGAGCAAAACGAUGCUGACUGUACACACUCCCCCUUGGCACCUACGUUCUGCACUCCUGGUCUGAAAAUCCCUUCUACAAACAACAGCACAGCUCUGGUAUCUGCAGAUCAUCCCUCAUCAAAAGCAAACCGUUCAUCACGUCGUGAUUUGGAAAUGAAAGAGCGUGCGUCGUUAGCUGCACACUCAGAAGAGAGCUUUGAGAAUUUUGCAGACCCCUCUUCUCCUACUAUCUCCGCUUAUGAGAAUCUGCUCAGAACACCGACGCCUCCAGAAGUAACUGCAAUUCCAGAAGAUAUUCGCCAGAUUCUGUCAAAGUACAACUCAAACCUCGCCACUCCAACAGCAGUGAAACCGGUGCCACCUGGCAAAGUGUUCCUUCCCCGACGUGAAGGGCAGAACACCCGAGACGCUGGCAACAAAGAAAACCGCCGAGAGUGAGAGCACUUGUAGUGGAUCCAUCCUUCCAUUGUAGAAACUGAACAGGCGGGAUCUGCGUUCUUCACAGCCCCCGGCGCCUCCCCCCUCUGUCAGCCCAGCCCAUGUUCAAGAUGAGCGUGGACCCUGAUGUCACAAAAUGCUUUCUCUUAAGGCCGAUGCUGUCCAACCUCUGUCUUACUGACGUGUCGUUCAGCUCACCCCUUUCGAAAGAUGAUUUCAGAUUUACUCUGCUUGAUGGGACAGAGUGGCUUCAGGAGUAUUAGGAAGCAGGAGUAACCAUUUUCGAAAUUUACAUGUUACCGUUUGCUACUCAGAUAAGGCCAGUGGCUGUCCCCUUGGGAAGGGGUGGUGUGGCUGGAGCCGGGCUUCGUCCUCGGUCUGCUCUCCUGUCUCCGGACUGGCCCAGAGCUUUUACACCUUUUAUUCCCGUAUUGUCUACGGGCCUGGGUCGUGAUGCCAGAGGAGGUGUCUCGGGUGCGGUUAUGGACCCGCCCGCUGUCAGGACAGGUUUUUUGACUUGGGAUCGUUUUGCCUUCAAAUCCACUCUUGGCAGCCCCGGCUGAGACCUCGCCAAGUCCCCUCUCCAGCUUGGCGGCCCAGCGGAGCCCAAGCGCGCCCCUGCCCCCCACCCUGAAGGUCAUGAGGACGCCUCCCGGCCAGGUGCCCUUCCCUGGGCUGUGGGCUGUGCCUCCAGAACUGUCCCGUAGCUUCCGAGGGCCCUGGGCAGGGAGCCGAAGACCCUUCCAUCUAAGUGCAGCUGUGGACUCCUUGUAUCUAAGUCAGUUUGUGAACAGCCAGUGGGGAAAGAAGGACCUAAGAUGCUGUGGCGCCCAGUUAAAAAUCUGAGGAGCUCCCACGGUGGCACAACGGAAUCUGCAGUGUCUGAGGAGCGCUGGGACGCGGGUUCGAUCCCCAGCCCGGCGCAGUGGGUUAAGGAUGUGGCUUUGGUUGCCACGGCAGCUCAGAUCUGAGUCCUACUCCAUGAGCUCCGUGUGCUGCAUGGCAGUGAGAAAUGGGGUGGGGGAUGGAGAAGGAACAAUGGACAGGUGUGAGAAGGGGCCUCGGAGGCGCAGCUCUGGGGAAGGGGACAUGAAGAUGAUCCUUUUAUGGUUGUGCCUUGAACGUCCAAUGUGAAGACCCGUCACCAUGUGUCUCUUCAUUUUAUCAGAAAUUAUCCCUAAAGCAAGACGCCUUGUUUCUUCUGGGAACGACUGUGUUGUCGUCAUUUAAGUUUUGCUAAAUACAGCGUAACACUCAAGA